CAGCAAGGAAAUUUAAAAAAAAAAAGAAAGAAAAGAAAUUGAAAACCGUUUCUCCCUCAUAAAUUGUCGCCACCAAGCUUUCCACGCGGAUGAAACUCCAUUUUUCCCAAACACCAGGGAGCAAACAAUAAAAUCAACCAGUUUUCUUCGAGUCACCAGUCCACCUCCGCCAUGAUCAACGAUGAAGAACUCAAUCGAAAUCCACAGCAUUCGGUCCCAACCCUUGCUUUAGAUCGCCUUGAAGCAGUUACGGCUCUAGGACGUGGAGCGAAAGGAGUGGUAUUUCUUGCCAGAGAUGAAGUGAAGGAUGAGAUUUUAGCUUUGAAAGUCAUAUCACGAGAUUCGAUCGAGAAGAAGAGUAGUAAAACAGUGAAGAGUGGCAAUGGAAAUGAAGGAAACGAGUAUAGAAGAGUUACUUUUGAACAGGAAGUCUUGAGGAAUUUUAACCACCCGCUUUUUCCGAGGUUACGAGGAGUUUUAGGUACCGAUAAAGUCGUCGGUUAUGCCAUUGAUUAUUGUCCCGGUCGUGAUCUUAAUUCUUUGAGAAGAAAACAGACCGAGCAAAUGUUCUCCGACGGUAUUAUAAGGUUUUUUGCAGCGGAAUUGGUUCUCGCUUUGGAGUAUCUUCAUAAUUUAGGCAUUGUUUAUAGAGAUUUGAAGCCUGAAAAUAUCAUGAUUCAAGAAAAUGGCCAUAUCAUGCUUGUCGAUUUCGAUCUUUCGGCGAAACUUUCUCCCAUAUCACCUAAAAGUUCAACGCCUACCAACUCGGUCAAUCAAACGCCGUCGAACUCAAUUAAGAAAAAGCGAUUCUCUCUGUUUCAAAGGUACUGCAACUCGGGAAUCUCCCCUGACGAUUCUGCAUCUCAAGCGAGCGUCAACUCGGAACAUACUGAGUCAGACUCAGUAGAAAAAUCGAACUCGUUCGUUGGAACAGAAGAGUACGUGGCGCCUGAAAUCAUAUCAGGGAAAGGUCAUGAUUUCGGGGUGGAUUGGUGGUCCCUAGGGAUCGUUCUUCACGAAAUGCUGUACGGAACGACACCGUUUAGGGGAUUAAACAGGAAAGAAACGUUUUACCGGAUUUUAACGAAAUCGCCCGAUCUCGUGGGGGAACCGACGUCCUUGAGGAACUUAAUAAGGAAAUUAUUAGAGAAGGAUCCAAAGAAAAGGAUAUCAUUGGAAGGAAUCAAGGGACACAAUUAUUUUAAGGGGAUUGAUUGGGAAUUGAUUCUCGGAAUCGAACGGCCACCGUAUAUUCCGGUACAAACAGAGAAAGAUUUUUGGGAAGAGGGAACGGAAGUAAUUAACAAAAUUGAUGUGGAGUUGUUUGUCCAAGGAAUAUUCGAAAAUGCUGGUGAAGGUGGUGUGCAGAAUAAAGGUAAACCCGACCACAGUCUUAAUACUAAUAAUAAUUUAGAGAAUGUAAACAAAAACGAUCGGCUCAGAGGGCAAAAUCAUCGUUCUUUCGAAGCUAAUCCAUUUUCUGUUUUCUAACUUAUUCUAAUUAUUUUGUUGAUUUUUUAUUAUAAAGUAGAUAAAUAAAUCUGUGCAAUGAAUUAAAUAUUUACUUUUUGCGUAUAUAUAUAUAUAUAUAUAUAUUUGUGUAGAAUUGACUCGUAAUUGUAAAACACCCACAAAAACCAUGUAAGUUAAUCGGUUCUUAGCUGUGUUUGGUUGGUAGUUUUAUUUACCUUAUAUUUAGGACAUGUGUCACAUCUUUUGCUCAAAGCAGGUAAAAGAUAGUACCAUAGGUUUUUUAAUUACUUAUUAAAUAGUUUUUUAAAUAAGUGCUAUUUUGGGAGGAAUGGCAUCUAUUGAUCUAAGAAAUAAAAAAAGAAUGCUUAAUAUGUAUUUUUUUCCAAAUUUUCAUUUUGUUUUACCGAAAAGGGAUUCUUAGUAGCCUAAAAUUAAAAUGAAUAGAUAAAAUUUACGAAAUGAAAAAAAAAAAAAUCAUCUCC